CGCCGCCGCCACCCUGGUCGCCGCCCCCGUCCCCGCGGGGCUGAGGCUGGGAGGCCCCGCCCCCCGCCCACGAGGAAGUGGCUGCGGCGCGGCGCGGGGCCCAGAGCCGGUUCGGCGCGUCGACUGCCCAGAGUCCGCGGCCGGGGUGCCCCGAGGAGCUAAGCGGCCAUGGCCUACCACAGCUUCCUGGUGGAGCCCAUCAGCUGCCACGCCUGGAACAAGGACCGCACCCAGAUUGCCAUCUGCCCCAACAACCACGAGGUGCACAUCUAUGAGAAGAGCGGGGCCAAGUGGGUCAAGGUGCACGAGCUCAAGGAGCACAAUGGGCAGGUGACAGGCAUCGACUGGGCCCCUGAGAGUAACCGAAUUGUGACCUGUGGCACAGACCGCAAUGCCUACGUGUGGACGCUGAAGGGCCGCACGUGGAAGCCCACACUCGUCAUCCUGCGGAUCAACCGGGCUGCUCGCUGUGUGCGCUGGGCCCCCCAGGAGAACAAGUUCGCUGUGGGUAGUGGCUCCCGUGUCAUCUCUAUCUGCUAUUUUGAGCAGGAAAAUGAUUGGUGGGUGUGCAAGCACAUCAAGAAGCCCAUUCGCUCCACUGUCCUCAGCCUGGACUGGCACCCCAACAACGUGCUCCUGGCUGCAGGCUCCUGUGACUUCAAGUGCAGGAUCUUCUCGGCCUACAUCAAAGAGGUGGAGGAGCGGCCGGCGCCCACCCCCUGGGGCUCCAAGAUGCCCUUCGGGGAGCUGAUGUUUGAGUCCAGCAGUAGCUGCGGCUGGGUGCACGGUGUCUGCUUUUCGGCCAGCGGCAGCCGCGUGGCCUGGGUCAGCCACGACAGCACCGUGUGCCUGGCCGAUGCCGACAAGAAAAUGGCCGUUGCAACUCUGGCCUCUGAAACGCUGCCGCUGCUGGCCCUGACCUUCAUCACAGACAAUAGUCUGGUGGCAGCGGGCCACGACUGUUUCCCGGUGCUGUUUACCUACGAUGGCACCACAGGGACCCUGAGCUUUGGCGGGCGGCUGGAUGUGCCCAAGCAGAGUUCGCAGCGCGGCCUGACAGCCCGAGAGCGUUUCCAGAACCUGGACAAGAAGGCGAGCUCGGAGGGCAGCGUGGCCUCUGGCGCUGGGCUGGACUCGCUGCAUAAGAACAGCGUGAGCCAGAUCUCGGUGCUCAGCGGGGGAAAGGCCAAGUGCUCCCAGUUCUGCACCACGGGAAUGGAUGGUGGCAUGAGCAUCUGGGACGUGAAGGUGGGGGCUGGGAGCCAGGUCCCUGAGGCCACGUGGGGUGAGUGCGAGACAACUGAGAACCAGCCUGUCUGUUCUGCUGUCUCCUUCCAGAGCUUGGAAUCAGCCUUGAAGGACCUCAAGAUCAAAUGAUCCAUGAGGCAUAGACUGCCCUCAUCCCAGCUGCCGGGGGAGGGUGUCAGGGAGGCUAAGGGUCGCUUUGCUGAAUGUUUCUAGGGUAGCAGUUUGGGUCCCCCUGGGGACUGCUCCAGCUGGAGGGGAGGGAGGGGUGGGAAGCUUUUCUUACCUAUUGAAGGAACAUGUGCCUUUUUCUUAUAAAGAAAUGCUUUCAUUUAUUGUUAAAAAUGUUCUCAAAGCACUGUGCUGGUCAUGAACUGCUUCCAAAACAUGGAUGUAAUAAAAAACAAUUUUAGAGCUGG